AUGCGCAAAUGUCUUUGUUGUAAGAAGAAUAAGACAACAGCAUCGACUCGUGUGGUAAGAGCAAAUGACAUUGUCUUCAACCGAACGCAGAAAUAUAAAAAUAAUCGAAUUUCAACAACGAAAUAUAACAUUGUGACAUUUCUGCCCAAAAAUCUCUUCGAACAAUUUCGUCGACUUGCUAAUGCGUUCUUUUUGUUUCUGUUAAUUCUAUUAUAUAUACCACAGAUCAGCUCACUUCAGCCAAUAAGUACGUUACUGUCACUCAUAUUCGUGCUUGCUGUUACAGCGAUCAAAGAUGCUGUCGAUGACAUUGCAAGAUAUCGAAGUGAUCGACAAAUUAAUAAUCGACGAGUGAAAGUUUUAGUCGAUCGAGAACUAGUCGACAAGUAUUGGAAAGAUAUUCAAGUCGGAGACAUCGUACAGAUUGAGAAUAACGCUUUCACUCCUGCGGACGUCAUAUUGAUUUCGACGAGUGAACCAAAUGGUCUGUGUUUGAUUGAAACAGCGGAUUUAGAUGGAGAAACAAAUUUAAAACCUCGAGAAGCACUUGAAGUCACCGUUGGUAUUCAAAACGAUCUAGAAAAGCUGUCGAAUUUCAAUGCGAAGAUUGAAUGUGAAUUGCCGAAUGAUAAUCUUCGCCGAUUUGAGGGCAAUUUAACAUGGAAUGAACAGAUCUAUCCGUUGAAAAAUGAUAAUCUUCUACUACGCGGUACACGAUUACGGAAUACUCAAUGGGCUUUUGGAAUUGUCUGCUACGCUGGUCGAGAUACGAAAUUGAUGCAAAAUAGUGGAAAGCCGAAAUUCAAACGAACAAAAAUCGAUCAUUGGUUGAAUAAAAUCAUCAUCGGAAUUUUUGUCUUCUUGUUCGUCGUGUGUUUGAUCAUUGCUGUUUGUUCGGCAUUUUGGGAAUAUCGUACCGGUUCACGGUUUCGAGCGUAUCUUCCAUGGGAAACGUUUAUUUCACCAACUGUACAAACGGGUGCGAUACAAAUGGCAGCAUUGAAGUUUUUUUCCUAUGUUAUCCUGUUGAAUACCGUCGUGCCAAUAUCAUUGUAUAUCAGCAUAGAAUUUAUUCGUUUUCUACAGUCGAAAUGGAUUGAUUGGGACAUAAGAAUGUACUACGAGCCGAGUAAUAUUCAAGCACAAGCGAGAACAGCGUCACUCAACGAAGAAUUAGGUCAAAUUCAAUAUAUUUUCUCCGAUAAAACCGGUACAUUGACACAAAAUGUCAUGACAUUUAAAAAAUGCUCGAUUCGUGGCAAACUCUAUGGUGAUGUCGGAAUCGAGAAUUCCUACGUUCGACAAGAUAGUCAUUUUGUUUGGAAUGAUCGAAAUUUGAUUGAUGCGAUCGAAGGGAACAAAGAUGAUGAUAUCAAUCAUUUUUUCAUUCUCUUGGCUUUGUGCCACACAGUGAUGACAGAAGAGAUGGAUGGGAAGAUAACGUAUCAAGCUCAAUCGCCUGAUGAAAAUGCUUUAGUAACAGCUGCACGAGCAUUUGGUUUUGAAUUUAUGAGUCGUACACAAAGUAGUAUCACCGGCCGUUUUCGGAAUCAAGUUCAAACUUUUGAUUUGUUGAAUAUUCUCGAUUUUAAUAAUUAUCGAAAGCGUAUGUCAGUUAUCAUACAGAAACAGGGCAAAAUUAUACUUUACUGUAAGGGCGCAGAUUCUGUAAUCAAACAACGAUUGGCUUCAUCUGAAAGCGACAUUAUGGCUGUAACAGAUGAUCAUUUACAUAAAGUUGCGACAGAAGGCUUACGCACUCUAUGUUUAGCUUGGAAAGAGUUGAGUGAAGGUGAAUAUCGAAAAUGGGCAAAACAGUUAAAGCUUGCGACAACGAGUAUGCAAAGACGUGAGGAGCAAAUUGACCAGUUGUACGAAGGCAUUGAAAAGAAUAUGAAGCUACUCGGAAUGACGGCAAUCGAAGAUAAACUCCAAGAUGGUGUGCCCGAAUGUAUCGAGAAAUUGACCAGCGCACAGAUCAAAAUCUGGAUGUUGACUGGAGAUAAAAUCGAAACGGCGGAAAAUGUCGGAUUUUCUUGUCGACUUUUGACCAAUGAAAUGAUGAUACAUAAAAUUGAUGUAGAUACGGAAGAUGAAGUUGCGAAUGCACUCGAACGAUUUCGUGCGGAUAUUGAGAAAAUGAAUCUACCUCAAUCGUACAGUUUAUUAAUCACCGGAUCUGCAUUGUUACAUGCGUUAUCAGAUGGACUAAAGCUGACAUUUCUCGAACUUUCGACUCAAUGCAAAACGGUGAUUUGUUGUCGUGUAACCCCACUACAAAAAGCGCAAGUAGUAGAGUUAAUCAAGAAAAAUCAACAGGUGAUCACAUUAGCCAUCGGUGAUGGAGCGAAUGAUGUUUCAAUGAUUCAAAAAGCACAUAUCGGCGUUGGAAUCAGUGGACAAGAAGGUCGACAAGCCGUGCUGGCGAGUGAUUAUAGUAUCGGCCAAUUUCGAUACUUAGAACGACUGUUACUGGUGCAUGGACGAUGGUCGUAUAUACGUAUUUCCAAAUUCCUACGUUACUUUUUUUACAAAAACUUUGCUUUUACUUUCUGUCAAUUUUGGUUCGCUUUCUAUUGUGGGUUUUCUGCACAAACGAUCUUCGAUCCAUUCUUCGUCACAACUUACAAUAUUUUCUUCACAACGUGUCCGGUGUUGGUAUUGGGCGUUCUUGAUCAAGACAUCAGUGCAAAUCAUUCGAUCAGUAGACCUCAUUUGUACACAGCUGGCCAAAAAGAUCAAUAUUUCAAUCGAAAAGUUUUCAUCGAAUGUGCUACGCAUGGCCUGAUCACAUCUUGUAUUAUAUUUUUCUUUUCAUACUUAUGUCUGUGUUUCACUACUCUUCCGUCCGGUGCACCUGUGACCGAUGUACAAUCAUUCGGUUUCAUGGUAGCAACGAUUUUAGUCAUUGUUGUGAAUACCGAAAACGCUAUAGAAAUGUGGUAUUGGUCAGGAAUCUACAUUUUCAUUCUCUUUGGGACUAUCACACUCCACUUCAUCUUCCAUUUUAUAAUGUAUUCGACAGUACUACGCUUGAAUUUGAAAAUUAAUUACGCGUACGUUGGUGUCGCACAAAUCUGUCUAGGUAAUCUGACAUUCUGGUUGACACUGAUUCUUAUUUGUGCUAUACUUAUUCUGCCUGCAAUUGCGCGAGAAUUUUUUCGUAUACGAUUCAUGCCAAACGAAACGGAUAGAGCUCGAUUGAUACAAAAGUUUUGUUUACGCGGCAAAAAGAAUGCGGUGACUCCAAUGGAUCGAGAACUAAGACAGAGAACAGCAUCGGUUCGAUCAACUACAUCAGGUUACGCAUUCUCACAAGAAAAAGGUUUUGGCUCAAUGAUAACUUCAGGCACAUUACGAACCAAAUCAACGGAAAAAACUCCUUCAUCGCAGCAUCAAACUUGA